AUGCGACUUCAUUCAAAGAAGCGUGUAGUGCUGCUAUUGCUGUUCCUAUUGGGGGGCAUCUACAUCGUACGGCGUUCAGACUCAAACAACAAUGAUCUGAUUAAGUCAAAGGAGCCAGUGUUAAUGAAUGUAGAACAGAAGGCAGAAAGGACGGCCAAUACGGAGCCAUGGUUGCAACAGGGUCUGCCUUUCAAUGUGACCUAUCAAGUGCUUGCAGGUGUACCAUUCACUCAGUCCAGGUAUCUAUGUAUUGGACUGUCGUCAAUCAAAAGGAAGAAGGACAACUAUCUGAUAGCCACGUUAGUGUCCCUCUUUUCCCAGUCAUCUCCUCAAGAACAUUCCUCCAUGGUGGUUGUAGUACUGCUCGCAGAUUUAGAUGUCAGCUGGCGGAUGAAGAUGGUGACUAAGAUCAAAUCAGAAUUCUCCUCAAUGCUCCAGCAAGGUCACCUGUUGGUCAUUCACGUUCCUGAGGAUUGUUAUCCACCUACUAAAGGUCUAAAGAGGAACUACAAUGAUUCUCCAGAAAGAGUAUCGUACCGCUCCAAGCAGAACCUGGAUUAUGCUUUCCUAGUGCACUUCAGCACACGCCUUGGCAAAUACUACCUUCAACUGGAGGAUGACGUCUCCGCCGCAAAGAAUUUCCCCACUACUAUAAAGAAUUAUGUUGAGAUGCAAGAAGCCAAGAAGAAAAGCUGGGCAAUGUUGGAGUUCUCCAGUCUUGGCUACAUUGGAAAACUCUACAACUCUGCUCACCUCCCUCUGUUGGCGCGUUUUCUCUUUCUGUUCUAUCAAGAAAUGCCUUGCGACUGGUUGAUGUCUCACUUUCGAGUGCUUCUGACUCAGAAGGAGCCCAUCCAUUUUAAGCCUUCAUUGUUCCAGCAUAUGGGAUUUUUCUCAUCUUUCCAAGGGACUCGCAACCACCUCAAAGAUCAGGAUUUUGAGGAGAGUGUCUACUCCAAUCCUCCAGCUGAGGUCUUUUCCAACAUGUCUCCCUAUAAGGACCACGUUCCCCAACUGGCCUGGGAAGCUGGGAGAGGAUUCUUCUGGGGCCGCACCCCAAAGAAAGGCAACUACUUGACUGUAGUGUUCACAAACCCUGACUUGGUCACGGGAAUAACUGUUGAGACAGGGUUAGAUGGGAAAGACACUCUGGCCUCAGCACAGGUUGAAAUAGGACAUGGUGUCAUAUCCACUGCAAAAGAAAAAACCUGCAGGGAUUUCAUUUUAUUGGGCUCUUUAGAGAAUGGGCGGUUUGUGAAGCACGAGCUAGACAAACUAAAUGCCUCUGCCUCCUCUUGUUUGAAGAUACAAGUCACGGCUGAGCAGAAGGGGUGGGUGAUCAUUAGAAAAAUCAGGAUCUCAACAAAACCCAGCUCAUUUACACAGCACGCACUGAUGUGA